UUUUAUGACGUCUACAUUUUUAAUGUUGGUAUUUUUUUUCCACAUGAGCGAAACCGACAUCGUCUGAGAGCCCCCUAUCAAGUCUGUCAUAAUGGGGGGAGGAGACCUGAACUUGAAAAAGAGUUGGCACCCGCAGACUCUGCGCAAUGUGGAGAAAGUGUGGAAGGCGGAACAGAAACAUGAAGCCGAACAGAAGAAGAUCGAGGAAUUACAGAAGGAGCUGCGAGACGAGAGGGCGCGGGAGGAGAUGCAAAGAUAUGCCGAGGAGACCGGAGCUGUCAAAAAGAGAGAUGAAAAGUUGGACUGGAUGUAUCAGGGUCCAGGCGGGAUGGUGAACCGGGAAGAAUACCUCCUGGGUCGGCCAGUGGACAAAUUCAUCCUUGAUAAAAUGCAAGAUCCAGAAUCUGGUCCUUCUACUGAAACUGGACUCUUACCAGGGUCGAUAUUUAGUGCAUCCGGUGCCGUUUCUUCCCUGGACAUGGCGACUAAAAUCCGCGAAGACCCGCUCUUUAUGAUCAGGAAAAAAGAAGAUGAACAAAAGAGGGAGGUUCUGAAGAACCCAGUAAAGAUGAAGAAGAUUAGAGAGCUGCUGCAGAGCAGUCUGGAUAAAAAAAGCAAGAAGAAAAAGAAGGAAAAGAAGAAGAGGAAAAGGGAGAGGAGAUCAAGCUCUAGUAGUGAAGACAGCAGCAGCGAAGAUGAGGACAGGAGCAGGAACAGGUCAUCCAGGAAUCGACCAGAGUCUCCAUCUCCUGAAGCACGGCACAAGAUGACAGGCUAUGGCUUACAGUUCAGAGAUCACAGCAAGAAUGGUAGCAGGAGGGAAGAAGUGGAUAACAAGAGACACCGCAGUCACUCGCGGAGUCCCCACCGCUCCAACGCUGGGAGCAGAUCCAAGGUCGAGGGGACCCACGGCAGGCCACGUAGGAGUCCUUCUCCUCGGAAAGAGGAGAAGUACAGAAGGCAGAGGACAUCAGGCUACACCAAGAAGCUCUCUGCAGAAGAGCUGGAGCGUCGAAGACAAGAAAUGAUGGAAGAUGCCCAAAAGAGGGAGGCAGACAGAGCCAACAAUGUGCGUAGGUACAAACAAGAGGAGGAGAAGGAGGGAGAGAAAGAUCAACGGAGAAACGAGAGCAAAUUCCUGCAUAAGAUGAAGUUGGAGAGCGCAGCAACAUCGUCGGUGGAAGAUCGGGUUAAACGCAACAUUCAUGGCAUCCAGCGCACGUCUGCGGCCUUGGAAAAGAACUUUAUGCAGAGAUAACGGCGUCGGCCACCUACAUUUUAUAU